UUGGCCCUUUUCUACAUUGAUACUUCAACGAACAGACUGGUUGGCGAGAGAAGCCUCAAGCCUCCCCCGCAAAUUCACAGAGCGCGUCCGAGCUUCUUACUACUAUCGUCGUUAUUGCAUUCUUACAACAACAGGGACACUUACUUCCACUCAAGAAGAAAAGCUCUUGUCACCUUUAGCAGCACUCUUGCCGAUCGCCAUCUCCACCUUGUCUCGGGUGUCCUUGACAUCGACCAUCGUAACUUUCCGGUUCCUUUGUUGAGCUGGCUUCCCCACACCAAAUCCGGAGUAGGGCACGUGCCUAUCAGGUACCGAUCCCGGUCUUGAACGAUGUGAAUGUACGAAAGAACACCACAGCUUCAUAUUCACUGCUGUUGAAACUACUGGGAAAUCUCUAUUUGAUUUUGGGGAUUGCUUCCACUUCACUGGCCCCUCUUCGGAGGUGGCACAGCGGCCAUGAAUGUACAGUGGAUGCUUCAAUCGCGUGGGAUCUUUUCCGAUAUCCCUCCUGAUCCCCGGACCAAGGAGCAAGAUAAUCCCACUCUGCUCGUGAGCUGGUGGGCUACGGCUUUUUCGGUAGCCAUCAUCGUUGUCCGGGUUUGUGGUCGUUAUAUUCGGACCGAGCGUUUCUUCCGGGAAGAUAAGGUGAUGAUGCUGAGCGUCAUCCCGUUAUUGAUUCGCAUGGCAUGCGUGCAUGUCGUCUUGAUCUGGGGUACCAAUAAUACCAAGACCGUGGGCUUGUCUGCCGAAGACAUUCACCAUAGAGUCAUUGGCAGUAAGUUCGUUCUUGUUGCGCGCAUCUUCUAUGCUAUCUUCAUCUGGAUAGCCAAGUUCACAGUAUGCGAAUUCCUCAAGCGAGUGGCAGGCAAGAUCUGGCGACGUUCCCUCCGAAUCUUCCUCAAAUUCAUCUACUACUUCCUGGCAUCGACAUUGUUGGCAGUGAUCAUUGCUACUCUCGCUGAAUGCCAGCCCUUCGACCAUUACUGGCAAGUUGUGCCCGACCCAGGUCCACGUUGUCGCCUCGGCUAUGCCAACCUGAUAACAAUGGGAUCCUGCGAUGUGAUGACCGAUCUGCUCCUAGUCUCCUUCCCGAUUCCUUUCAUAGUGAUGACUCACAUGCCUCUGAAACGCAAAAUCUCCCUCGUGAUCCUGUUCGCUCUGUCUCUGAUUCUAGUUGGAAUCACAUGCUAUCGAGUGCCCUCAGUCAUCUGGAACGAUGGCUCACAGCAAUACCGAUCGCUUGUCGCGUCUUUGGAAAUCUUAGCCGCCACGGCGGUCUCAAACGCUGUCAUCAUAGGCUCAUUCGUGCGUGAUAGAGGUGCCAAAAAGAACAAAUUCAAAAAGGCUCAAGGAUCAGCCUCCGUCAGCGAAAGCAUGGAUCACAGCUCCGUGCGACGUCAAACCAUCACCCACCACCAGUGGGGAAGUGAUUCCGAUCUUGCUGCAGAUCUGGGUAUUCGACUGGACCCGUCAUUAUGUUCCGCAGACACGAAAACGCCCCGUCCUGCACCUAUUGCGAUGCCCAUCCAUCCACUGACAGCCCGUGCGGGAACUUUAGACCCCAACUGGUCCUUCAACCAGCGCUCUGGUGGCAGUGAAGACGACCGAGCCUCCAGCACGGGAAGCUUAGACAUCAAAGUCAGUCCGCACGAGUACAUUGAAACCAACAAGACACCGCGCAAAUCAUCCUCGACAGAUACCACCAACCUCCGGAUCUUCGACGUCGGUAGCCUUCUAAACAAUCAUCCCCCGACCUCUCCCACCAGCGCCCCAACUUCGCAAUAUUCACAUUAUGCCAGCGGGGCAAGCAACGCCUUCAAUCAGGAUACUGGAGGACCAGCCCGAACACUUCAUCUCAAUACCACCUCUUCAUCCAUCCUGUCCCACCAAGUACCUCUCUCCUCCUCGCCCAACUUCUCCCGCCCAGGAGGUCUGCGCAGUAACUCCCAUUCGUCUUCUAAUCGCCGUCGCGGCUCCAGUGUCCACUUCAGUGAUCCUCCGGACUCACCCGUCCCUUCUUACCGCUCUCAGGCUGAUGUGUCAGCGCCUAUCAUGGAAGGGAACGAGGUUGAGCUCCAGGAUGUGGGAAGAUUGCUGUCCAGACGGUGAUUGAUGGUCUGUCCUGUUGGGCCCGAGGAUGCUCGAAAUGAUUAACGAUGAUCACGACGUGCUACGUAUUUGGAUGAGUAUAUGACUGUAGAUUCUUACCUUUUGGUUUUUCGUCUUGGGUGACCGAGGCAGUACCAAGACCCGGCCAUAAAAGGUCUGAUAUCUGUGUGCCUGUGCAUUGAUGGCGCUCGCACACGUAAGCUUAGCGUUGGGAAUGAUGAUGAUGAUGAUGAUGGAUUAGUUAUAUAUGUAGGAUAUUUGUUGUGGCAAUGUAAACUUUAGUCUUAACU